AUGUACUAACCACUCCUAGACAACGACAAAAGAGUAAAUUCAAAUCACAUGUGACAGGGGCAUUGUUGUGAUUUCAGCUUCAUAAUCCCCGUGUACCUUAACUCUCCCCCCUUCACUUCUCUCUGAUUAGUGAACACACACAAAGAAAGGCUCUCCCACAGUAAAACCUUUCCAGACAGCAGUCAGAUGGCUUCCAAUGAUCAUCAUGACCACGACCAUCAUGACCACGACCAUCACCACCAUCAUCAUGACCACGACCAUAACCAUGACCAUGACCAUGACCAUGACCAUGAUAAAUCAACGUCGUCUUGGGUGGGAGCUGAUGGUAGGGUUUACCAUAGCCAUGAUGGAUUGGCACCACACUCACAUGAACCUAUUUACUCACCUGGAUACUUCAGCAGAAGAGCUCCACCACUUGUCAACAGGGAUUUCAAUGAGAGAGCCUUCACUGUUGGUAUCGGUGGCCCUGUUGGUACUGGGAAAACAGCUUUAAUGCUGGCAUUGUGUAAAUUCCUGCGGGAUAAGUACAGUCUUGCUGCUGUGACAAAUGAUAUAUUCACAAAAGAGGAUGGUGAGUUCUUGGUGAAACAUGGGGCACUUCCAGAGGAAAGGAUUCGUGCUGUAGAGACAGGAGGCUGCCCACAUGCUGCUAUCCGUGAAGAUAUCAGCAUCAAUCUUGGUCCUCUUGAGGAGCUCUCUAAAUUGUACAAAACAGAUAUACUUCUUUGUGAAUCUGGAGGAGAUAAUUUAGCUGCCAACUUCAGCAGAGAGUUAGCUGACUAUAUCAUCUAUAUAAUAGAUGUCUCUGGUGGUGAUAAAAUCCCUAGGAAAGGUGGCCCAGGCAUAACCCAAGCUGAUCUCCUGGUGAUAAACAAGACUGACCUUGCACCCGCAAUUGGAGCUGACCUGGGAGUCAUGGAGCGUGAUGCACUUCGGAUGCGUGAUGGAGGACCCUUUGUUUUCGCUCAGGUGAAGCAUGGGCAUGGUGUCGAGGAAAUAGUAAACCAGGUAUUACAGGCUUGGGAAGCAGCAACAGGAAAGAAGCGCAAAUGACCUUUCUUUGAAGACCCUGUAGUUCUUAUCAUUGAUGUUUUUCUACUGGGACUUUUCUUAGAAAUAACUAUGAAUAUGAUUAUCAAUAAGUUCAUCCUUUAUCAAUGCAAACUUCCCAUUUUCCAGUCUUCCAAAGUGAAAAAGUUGGGUGUCCGCUGUUUCACUGUUUUUAUUCAUGGAAGCACAAAAAGAGUAAAACAUCUAUCUGUUAACUGAAAUCUGAUGCAUAUAUGACAAUCAUAUACUAUUUCUUCCUUUCAAAUUGAGUUAAACUUUUGUUGUUUGUUUUUCGCUUGGAAGAGGGUUUGUUAAAAUAAAAGGUCAAGGGUAGGAGAAUAAAUAGCUGGGGUCAAAAUAUAAAAUUUUAAAAUUAUGGAAGAAAUACACAAGGAAAACAAUCUGGGAGAUUGUGAUUUGGGAUACUCCGAAUUCCGUAAGCGAAGUCUAGGUCGGCUAAUCUGCGUGCAAUUAACCCGGCUUAGACGGGAAUAUUUUGAGUGGACGAUUUGAGAUAUUUUCAUCCCUGGGAAUUUUGAAGUAGACAACCUUCCGAAGAGUGAAGAAGAAAAUUUUCUUCCUUUGCAAGUCAUUUCCGCUAUGCUUUACAUUGAUAAGGAAAGAGGGGGAAAGUAAAGAAAAAGGAAUGAAGGUUAUUGAGAAAAGAAAAAAAUAUGUUAUUUUUGUUUAAAUAGUUAAAAUUAAUAAAAAGUUUUGACAAUUAUUCUUUAGUUAA